GAAAAAAAGAAAAUUGGAAGCAGGUUUACACAGAUCAUCAGCCAGCACAACUUUUCUUCUCUCUCUUAUUUGUCCUCCAAAAUUCCAUAUCCAUAUUACUAUUAUUCAUUUUCUGGGUUUCUGUUCCCUCCUCAUUAUCUCUGCCACCUUCACCACCACCACCACCACCUCCACCUCCACCACCUUUAGCUCAUCCUCUUAGAUCGGAUCCCUUCACAUUAACCCAUGAAAGCACCAUAACCAAAGUUUACUAACAACGAAACAAAUUUCUAACUCCUCUUUUAUAUAUAUAUAUAUAUUUCUCAAAACGCCAGCUGACCGUAUUGUACGCAUAUUUUCUGAAGUGGGUCUUUGUUUCUCGUUUGCGUUCUUGGCUUGUCUUAUUAGACAAAGAAGAUUUUGAUUUGUUGUUUUGUUUUAUUUAGAAAAAUAAACAGAAACAAUCAGUAAAUGGGAAAUGUAACGUCUAAUGUGGCAGCGAAAUUCGCAUUCUUCCCACCAGACCCGCCAACGUACGAUGUGUGUAGAGAGGAUGAUGGGAGGUUGGUGUUGCCUGGGGUCUCAGCUGACAAGAACAUGGACGUUCAUUUGUUGGAGACCAAAGGCGGGAAUCAGAUUGUGGCUACGUUUUGGAAACAUCCUUUUGCCAGGUUCACUCUCUUGUAUUCACAUGGAAACGCAGCUGAUCUUGGCCAAAUGCAUGACCUCUUCAUUGAGCUCAGAGCUCAUUUGAGGGUCAAUAUCAUGAGCUAUGAUUAUUCAGGAUAUGGUGCUUCUUCUGGCAAGCCAUCCGAGUUCAACACGUAUUAUGACAUAGAAGCAGUGUACAAUUGUUUAAAGGAGUAUUAUGAAGUUAAGCAAGAGGAUUUGAUCUUAUAUGGUCAAUCUGUUGGAAGUGGACCUACCCUGCAUCUAGGUUCUCGUUUACAGAAGUUGAGAGGUGUUGUUCUUCACAGCGCUAUCCUUUCAGGCUUACGCGUCUUAUACCCUGUCAAGAUGACAUUUUGGUUUGACAUUUACAAGAAUAUAGACAAAAUACGGCUUGUCAAUUGUCCGGUUCUGGUUAUGCAUGGAACAAAUGAUGACAUUGUUGAUUUUUCUCAUGGGAAGCGCCUGUGGGAACUCGCGAAGGAAAAGUACGAUCCCUUAUGGGUCAAGGGUGGUGGCCAUUGCAACCUUGAAACUUACCCAGAGUAUAUCAAACACUUGGGGAAGUUCAUGAAUGAAUUGGAGAAGGCCUCCAUCACCAAACCAGCAAAGCAGCUCACAUCGGAUCCGAGCAUCGACUUGAAACAUAACAAGUGCUUAAGAUGGAAAAAGGGUAGCAAUUCAAAUUAAUUCAUUAAUACAGGUAGUUUCGUUGCGAGGAGAACACGUAUGCAAGAUUAGACCUGCUCGUUUCGUGGAUUCAGCAAUUGGCAGCCAAGCCAAGCUUGUUACUACUUGGUAUGUUUCUAUAGCAAGGAACUGAUAGGAAUUACACCUAGUAUGUUUGAUCCAUGUCUUGUUAAGAUAAUUUUGUUUUAAGGAUAGCUUAGGGAGCUUCUUGUGCUGUCUCCAUAAACAGUGUAGCAAGUGUUCUGAUGAAACCGAAACCGAAACCGAAACCGAAACCGAAACCGUGGAAAAAGUAAAUACGUGAUAGUUACAUAAGUUUGCUUUUGGCCAUUGAUUUUGUCCAUACUUUGCAGUGUAAAGCCCUUUGCAUCCCAUACAGAACAGACUUAUCGGCCCUUGCUCUCCGCUACCAAUGUAGAUUUCCAUUUUUUUUUUCUCUAA